AUGAUCGGGAUCACACUAAUCUUUGCACUCGUGCCUGCGAUCCUUGGCUUUGUGCCCAAUGGGUUCAACCACCGACGACCUAACGCUCUCAAUAUGAUAUCUGAUGGUUCCCAGAGAAACAUUUUCCACAACUACGACAAACCAAUCGUACUCGUCGGAUGUUCGGGUGAAGGAAAUGAAUUGAAAAGGUUAGCCGAGAGUUUUCUAGAAGAAAAUUUCCCACAAGUACCUAUGAAUAUCAUCAAGCCUACAACAGAUUUAGUUUUAGCAGACAUCUCUUCGUUCGCUUCACCCAGUGUUAUAGUUGUCGAUUUCGGCGCCGAAACAUCCGAUGAUCUGGAUCUUGCCGAAGUCACGCGAAGCCUGUACGAAGAUAAUGACAUGUUGUCGAUCUAUGUGAAUGUAGACGCCGAGGAAGGAAAAAUGUCAGCUGAUAGUGCAAAGACGAAAUCUGAAUUCGACGAGAGCGUGUUCAUGAAGUAUUCUGAUUAUGAAUUAUGCAUUAAGGGAGAAGGGACCGAAGGAGAAAGUGCAAACUGGGAUCACAUCAAGUGGGAACUGACCCGACUAGUUGCCCGCGCUCGUUUGGCACCAGCAGUACCUGGAGAGAAGGCACCUUCUACCAACACUGCACACUUGACAAUGGGAGAGAACACCUUCUUCCUGUCAUUGAGUUUCCCAGAAAUAUCUCAAGUGGAGCCGUAUGUAGAAGAGAUGUGUCUGGAUGUUGAUGCUAUGGAAUACCGCACAGAUCUGUUGGACUGCAGAGACAGCAGAUUUGACUUGAUCUACGGAAUGCAGCUUUUGAGACGGUAUUGUCGGCCGUAUGUGCUUCGAGUGCCCGCUCUGCCGUUCGUCGGAGACGUAUUGGAAGAUGUCAUGCCAAUAUGUUACACUGUGCGUACUCAAAACCAAGCUGGAACAUAUCCUGACGAUGAAGCUGGUAUCUCGAAAAUGUUUGACAUGUUAGGAUGGGGACUACGUGGCGGCGUGGAAGUAUUGGACGUUGAAAGUACUUGGGACAAAAAGAAGACUGAGGACCUCCUUGAUGGAGCCAAAGAACGGUAUGCAAGUCAAGUGCUUGGAAGUCAUCAUGUUGUCGGGCAGGAGAUAUCUCGCGAAGAGGCCGUAGAGCUCUUUCAGCAGUGCGCACUUGACGGCCGAGCACAUGGAGCAAAAGUGGUUCUAUCCAUUGAAUCGGAAGAAAAAGAUCGAAUGGCACAUGAAGCCGCAAUCAUUGCAGCCAGUCUUGCUGCCAAAGAAGGCAAACCAGUAAUCCCAAAUAUCUCGCUCAUUCUUGGAGAUAUUGGUCAAUUCUCUCGAAUCGUGAACCUACCUUUUACACCCGUAACGCACGAGUCCUUACCAGUCAAGGCUGCACCUGGUCAAUUGACUGCCAAAGAAAUAAUGGCCACUCGGUUGCUCAUGAAAAUCGUUGAGCCAAAGAGGUACGCAAUUCUUGGUCACAACAUUGCCUACUCUGUCAGUCCACAAAUGCAAGGGUCUGCAUUUAGAGCGACCGUGCUUCCUCAUGCAUACGGUCGUGCCGAUGUUGAGACCGUGGAGGAAUUUGUUGAAUCUGAUUUCUUCAAGGAUCCUAGCUUGGGUGGUUGCAGUGUGACCAUCCCACACAAACAGUCAAUCAUGCCGUAUGUGGAUGUUAUGAGCGAGGCAGCAACAACCAUUGGCAGUGUGAAUACUCUGAUUGUCGAAAACGAAUACGAAAAUGACGAUUUCAAGCGGGUCAUUUACGGCGACAAUACUGACUGGAAGGGUAUUUUCAAUCCACUCGAGAGACGGGUUGGUGUACAAGGAGAGGACUCCAAAGGAAUUGCACUCAUCUUGGGUGGCGGGGGUACAGCUAGAGCUGCAGCAUUUGCUGCUUCUGAACUCGGUUUGAAGAGGGUCUACUACAAUCGAACUCCGUCCAAAGCAGAACAACUUGUCGAAUCCUUUGGCGGAAGUGUCAUUACAAGCUUGGAUAUGGAGAGUGAGAAUGCCGACGAGAUUUGUUUGGGCGAUGUACUCUCUGGAGAUACAUCACUAAAGGUGAUCAUUAGUACCCUCCCUGCUGGAGCUGAGUUCGUUCUCCCAGACUGGCUGAUAGCCAAGGAGGACGUCAAACCAGUCAUCUUUGAUGUCAACUACAAGCCAUAUCACACCAAACUUUUGGAACAAGCCGAAGGAGCAGGAUUGGAGACUGUGCGAGGUUCCGAAAUGCUGUGGGAACAAGGAGUUGGGCAAUUUGAAGCAUGGACCAAGAGAACAGCGCCGUACGCUGUCAUGAAGGCUGUCGUGCUACAGAACUGUCUACCAGAAGACAUGCCGUAA